AGAACAGUACUGCGUCUGUGGUGGCGAAUGGAAAGUUAUUAAAUCUGGUGUUUUUAUUUAGCUCUUUGUUAUUAUUGUCUUGGAAAUACGUUGUACUAGGUUAUGUUAUUAAAUGCAUAAUGGAAAGUAUGUAAUGGGGCAGAAUGGACCAAUAAAUGGUUAUGAUGAUAUUUGAAAAGGCGGUCAACUUGUGAAAUGCAAAAUAUUUAAUGAUUAAUUAUGGUCAAAGGCAAAAACACAAAAAAAACGCUAUAAAUGUCACCAAUGUCGCUUAUGAUCGAGAAACAUGAAUUUCAUGCAUUGGCGAUCCUGGCCAUGUUUAUAGAUAUACAAUCUUCGGCUUGCUUAUUAUAGUAGCGUCUGUGUUAAGGUUGAUGUUUGUGUGACGUUAAGGUGUUUGAUUGCAAUGGAAGGGGGUGGAGAGGCGUCAGGUGCGAUGGUUCCGGUAAACAGUAAUGAUUCAAGCAGUGAAGAUGAAGGUGAUACUAAGGACGACGACAUUCAACAGAAGUUUGAUACCGCUUUGCCUGCGAAACAUACCUAUCUGGGAGACCUCGAAGAAGUGAGAGGAAGAAUUGUAUUAGAUGAUGGUUCGUUGCAGACAAUCCCAAUUCUUCCUCAGCCUGGAGUUGUCUUGGUGCCAGGACAGACCCUACCACUUACAGUUUUUUACCCACCAACAGUCAGCAUGCUACGGCGAAGUAUCAACACUGAUCGAAUAUUUGGCGUAAUUUGUAUAAAGUAUGUAAAUUCAUCUCCUGCGACGAUAGCGAAUGUUGGGACAACGGCGGAAAUAUACGAAUUCCAGGAUGAGGAGUCUGACUUCGGUUUCCGUAUCAAGGCAAAGGGGAGGCAAAGGUUUCGGGUGAUUGAAUCAAAUCGACAAGUCGAUGGGAAUAUAAUAGCAAAGGUUAAAAUAUUACCAGAAGUGAUUUUGCCUGACCCCCUGAAGGAAAUUAAACACCUUUCACUGAAUCGCCUGAGACAAUUCAAAAAUCUGCAGCAGUGGUCCUGUUUAAAUGCUCGAGAUGCUGUACAAACACGUUGGCCAAUUUGGGUGUAUAUGCAGUACCAGACAGAAUAUCUGAUACCAAGAAUAAUGCAUCACUUGCAGCAUGUAAGCAGUGGAAGAAGUAAUGUAGCGAUUCCAAAGGAUCCCGUAGAAUUAUCUUUCUGGGUGGCACAAAACUUGCCUAUUGUUGAUGAACAGAGGCUUAGGCUGCUAAGCAUUAAUUCAGCUGUUCAACGUCUUCGACUUGAACUUUGUAUAUUAGAAAGGUGUAAACUAUUUUGUUGCAGCGAUUGUGGCACAAUAGUUGCCAGAAAACGUGACGUAUUUCCCAUGUCUGUUGAAGGCCCUCAGGGUACAUAUGUAAAUCCUGGCGGCUAUGUACAUGAGACUAUGACACUGUAUAAAGUACAAGGGUUAGAGCUUUUGAGUGAGGAGCCAGAUACUGAAUAUUCAUGGUUCCCAGGUUAUGGGUGGACAAUAGCUCAGUGUAGGCAAUGCCAUAAACACAUGGGGUGGAAAUUUACUGCAGUGAAAAAAGGUCUAAAACCAGAUACAUUCUGGUGCUUAUGUCGCAGGUCACUUGCACCAAAAUUGUCACCACAAGAUGAUGAUGAUGACACAGAGCUUGUCAUAAAACUGGCAAGAAUCACUACCUUACUCUCUUAAAUAUGCCAUUUGAAGAAAGUUCUCAGACUUAAAGAAAGUGUUAGGUCUAACAGUAUGAAAGAACAGACUGAUUGAAUGGUUGUAUUCUUUUUUAAAAGCACAUAUGUACAGUAUUUGUUAAACAGAAAUAAAUAUAUAUUGUUUAGAUGUUACCAAUAUAAUAUCUUUUGAAAGGGAUUUGAUACUUAUCCUGAUCACAAGUUUUAAUGCAUGAAUAUGAAACUAUAGUUACAGUUGACUGUCAUAGCAUUAUAUGUAUUAUAUCAAAUUCAGUCAUGUUGCUACUUAUAUUUCUGAGCUGGGCAAAUACAACUAAGGGGGUGGUGAAGUAUGGGAGUGUUUACCUUACGUGCGACUGAAUUCAUCUGAUAUGUUUGAUAACUAUGUGACCAUUUUUUUAUUAGUACUGUUGUCCAGUAAUUGUAUUCAGGCGACUUUCACAAAGCUUCAGAGCAAUAUGCUAAUUAUUCAGUAUACAACAUAAAUAUCCUGAUGUAGCUUGAAGACUGUACAGAAUAUUUUUACUGCCAGUGUAUAAUUAUUCACCUGUAAUUUAGCAAUUGCUGUAAAACUAUGUAUGUUGGUCAGACUAUGGUAAAUGGUCGGAAUACUAUGGAAGGAAAAGAUUAAACAAUUUAAUACUGUGAUGAAUAAUUAGUGUACGAUUUAAUUUAAAUAAAGGCAAAACA